UUGUUCAGAUUCAAUGAACUUUCAUGGGCACCUUUGGUAACGGAAUCGCAUCCUUCGGGUAUUAUUUUCGGUGGAACCGAAAAUGGCACUGUUGUGUUUUUAGACGCUCAUAAAUUAGUAAAUGAUUCAUCAUUGUCAGUGAUAUCCUCUCGUCGUGACCAUCAGGGUCAUGUGUUAUCAGUGGACUAUUCAUCUGAUAACAGAUGGGCAAUAUCAGCGGGUAGUGCUCAAUUGUUGCUAUGGGAUCUGACGAAUCUUGCAACACCGUUUUCACCUGGUACACCGAAUUUUGCUGAGCAGGUGAAACGAGUACGAUGGAAUAGAUCUAUGAGCAACAUUGUCGCAUCGUUAACGUCGUAUCGCGGAAGUUUGUGGGAUAUGCGACAUCCUGGCGGUCCGAUUUUAGAAUUUGCCGAGGUAAGGUAUCGAGUGUUAAGGUGUACCUCAUCAUCGUUCUUCUUCACUUCUCAAUAUCCGCUAGUCUAUGAACUCGAAAACAAGCAAUCUUCUUAUCCGUGUAGGACUACCUUUCUCCCCUUAGCAAGGUUGCUUUUCAAGAUCGGUACUGGAGCUGAUUGGGCAGAUAUUUGUUGGAAACCAGACGACUCAUCUACGCUGAUUAUGUGCAGUCAGUUAGCAUUGGCGCCAGGUGUGCAGAAAUGGGAUCUUCGCUAUACGACACAGCCGGUGAAUGAGUUUCAUGUGCAUGAUCGCGGGACAACAGCGAUCGAUUGGCAUGGAAAAGAUCCGCGUAUGGUUGUGUCAGCUGGUAACGAUGGCUUCGUAAGAGUUUUUAGUCCGGAAACAGGUGAAGUAUUUGGUGCUGUACAACUGCAGCAGGUGAAUUUUUACGGUAAUUCUGGUACAAAACCUUUUCUAUAA